UUUAUAAUAGCGGCUCACAGUGGGCAAUAGUUGUCUUUUUGCUUUUUAUAAACUACGCCAUCAAGUGCAACCCUAAUAGAAUGCGUUAAUCCACACACACUACCUAUCCCUCUCUCACACACAGACACACACAACCGCGCACACAGACACACACACCACCUUCGUGUUUCAUCUAUUCCUUCUCGGAGACGACUGUAAGAUCUCCUAUGAGCCCAUCGUUCGGGACGUCUUUAAGGACAUUCACGAACAGACGAAGCAUUGAUAGCACAUGUUAAGGACAUCUAGGCUAUGUGUAGCCUACAAAGCUGCAAAUCAAUGAGACGGAAGGAUCAGUUCUGUAAUUUAAAGAUAUAAAACCAAUAACAGCACGGUACAUUACGACACCAUCAACCCGUGUACAGUUUGCAGAAUCUGCCCGAAAUCGUUCAGCCCGUGGCUAUAUUAUAGGGAAAUCUUUAUUUUGUCCUAUUUUUCCCUUGUAGCGAAGAUUCUACCGGGAUUGACGCUGCAGACUUCGCGUGGGACGUUUCUAUUUGAUCUCUGCGGGUUAUUCUCCCCUCCGAAGACCACGGAUUACUUCUGUUCGCGGAUAAAUGGAUAUGGAAUAAUAAUAAAAACACGUCGACGAGAUGACCGUGCGUUGAACCGCGGUGCUGCAUAAGCUAUAACUUGUCUGGGGGGGUUGGCAGUUUCGCUUCGAAAUGGAUGAGUUUCAUCCGUUCAUCGAGGCCCUACUGCCGCAUGUGCGUGCCUUCGCCUACACCUGGUUCAACCUGCAGGCGCGCAAACGCAAGUACUUCAAGAAGCACGAGAAGAGGAUGACUAAGGACGAAGAGCGGGCGGUGAAGGACGAGCUGCUGGGAGAGAAGCCUGAGGUCAAGCAGAAGUGGGCGUCACGCCUGCUGGCCAAACUGCGCAAGGACAUCCGGCCCGAGUGCCGCGAGGACUUUGUGCUGUCCAUCACGGGGAAGAAGCCCCCCUGCUGCGUCCUCUCCAAUCCUGACCAGAAGGGCAAGAUGAGGAGGAUCGACUGCCUGCGUCAGGCCGACAAGGUAUGGAGGCUGGACCUGGUUAUGGUGAUCCUGUUCAAGGGCAUCCCGCUGGAGAGCACGGACGGAGAGCGCCUGAUCAAGGCGGGGCCAUGCAACAGCCCCAUCCUCUGUGUCCAGCCACACCACAUCAGCGUCUCGGUCAAGGAGCUGGACCUUUACCUGGCCUACUUCGUACAGGAGAGAGAGUCAGAGCAGAGCAGUAGCCCACGCACAGGUAUUGGGUCAGAUCAGGAGGAUAGCCGAGCUGCCACCAUGGAUGCUCCUGAGUUUCAGGAAAGCUUUGUGACGUCAGGAGUUUUUAAUGUAACAGAGUUGGUGCAAGUGUCCAGAACUCCGGUGGUGACCGGGGCAGGCCCUAACUUUUCUCUUGGGGAGCUGCAGGGGCAUCUGGCCUACGACCUCAACCCCUCAGGGGUGGGCAUGAGGAGAACCCUGCCCAGCACCUCCUCCAGCGGGAGUAAGAGGCACAAGUCGGGCUCCAUGGAGGAUGAUGUGGACACCAGUCCUGGGGGAGAGUACUACACCUCUCCCAACUCCCCGGCUAGCAGCUCCCGCAACUGGCAGGAGGACCUGGAAGGAGGGAUGUCUCCUGGAGUAAAGAAGACAGAGAUGGACAGCCCGUCUCCUCAGGAGAGCUCCCCACGCAUCGGCUUCACACAGCACCACCGGCCCGUCAUCGCAGUGCACAGUGGGAUCUCUCGGAGUCCGCACCCCUCCUCGUCUUUGCACUUCCCCACCACCUCCAUCCUGCCCCAGUCCACUUCCUACUUCCCCCACACUGCCAUCCGCUACCCGCCACACCUAAGCUCCCAAGACCCGCUGAAGGACCUGGUCUCCCUGGCCUGUGACCCGUCCAACCAGCAGCCCAGCCCAGUGAGUCCAGCCCAUCUAACAACUCUAACUAGGGCCCAGAGUUUGUCCUGGUCAGGUCAUGUGCUGAAUGGCAGUGGUCAAGUGAAGUUGCCCAGUCACUACAUCUCCUCCCAGAUGCUGGCGCCCCCUCCGCCCCCCGGGAUGCCCCGUUUGACGCUGCCCUCCGACUCCAAGUCCAGCACCACCACCUCGGACGGGGGAGCCAACUCCCCCACGUCACCCAGUAAGUGGGCCGUUGCAUACUCAGCUCCAGGGACGCCCCCUGCCAGUCGCUCCUUUGUAGGGAUCGGACCUCGAGACCCUGGCGGACUCUACCAGGCACAGUCCUGGUACCUGGGGAACUAAACAACACAAGGAUAAGCGAAAAGGGCAUGGACACUUGGAUUUGAGAUUCAACACUUUUUGUGGAAUUAAGAAAAAAGAAAAAAAAGAGAUGCAAGAGGGAAAAUGUAUAUAUAUGCAGUAUAUAUACAGUAUGUAUAUAUAUAAAUAUAUGUGUGCAUAUAUAUUUAUAUAUGUAUAUCAACAUGAAAGAUGCUUCAACACACCUUUUUGGAAUAAAAGACAGGGAGAGAGAGUGAGGCCAAGGACAGAGAGAAGAGAAGAGGAUGUCUGGGCAGCCAAAAUGAACUGUGGGGCAGAGACAUGACCCCAUGACCCCAUGACCCCAUGAACCGCAUACCCACCCCCCUCUGCUACAGGUGCUGCUUCCUCAUAUAUGCAAAAUAAGUAUCCUUUAUUUUCUUAAUCAACAAGAAAAAGAAGAAUCCAGUUCCAGUGAUUAUACUGUCCCACACUCCUUCUGGGACGGUAAAACAUAUUCUCUUUGAAAGAAGGGAGGGGAGGCUGGUCACGCAUGGUCAAUAACCUCCCUUUACCCUCGGAAACGAAAAGUCAACUUUUCAUCCAAUUUGAUAGACAAUCAUGUAUCUGUGUCAGUUACUUUGUUUAAAGGGGGGUGU